AUGCUGAACGCCACGGUUCCUUGGUUCGACCCCGACACGAAAGCUCCAAACUUCGUGCGCCACGUCCUCAACGACCGGGAGUCUGCUGCUACGUUGGAGAAACAGAUCCAAAGCAUAUUGCAAUUUGGUGUGUGUCAGGAAGCUCGGGGAGUACCGAUGGCGACGCUCUCAGCGAACGAUCAAGCACCUUACCAGCUCUUUACAUUCGGGCAUCUAUCCACUGCCUUUUAUAAGGCGUUCGAGCGAAACCCUCGCAAUAAAAAUGUGCAGGCAGCCUUGCGAAAGGGCCUCCAGAGAGUGAUCGUCUUUCAGUUCUCGACUCCAAAGGACGUCAUUAGUUGGAUGAAGUUUUUUAUGAAUUUCACAUUCGGCCAAGUCCAAGUUAUCCAAUGCGUAGAAGUGAUCGAGACAACUAUGAAGAUGCAGGCCGCAUGGAAUACGCAUUGCUUUACUAACCACAUCCAAGCAAAGAGCAAUGAGGCGGAUGAGGAGAGCUACCGCCAGAAAACGUGGGCAUUCAUGCAAUCGAACUUCAAGCAGCAGAUCGAGCUCGGCUUGGUAACGUCGAGCAUUCAAUACGAGACGAACUGCUUCGUCAUCAAUGCUUUCUCGAAGCAGAAGUUCGACUGCUGGAUCACAAUUCGCAAAUGGCUGAUGGACCAUGCUGUGUUCGACGAUGGAGAUCUGAAUAACAAACACAUACUCGGCAGCAUGAAGGUUGUUUGCAAAUUUGCGUCUUCGGUCGUCGAGGCGAACGGCAAGGGUGAGUUUGCAUUGAGAGCUGGCCUCGUCACUUUGUCCAAGGACGAUGGCAGGAUGCUCAUCGAAGAAAUGAUCAAAUUCUUGGCGCUAUGGCUUGCAAACACUAGCAAUCAACCUCGAUCCAUCGUUACCCUGGGCGUCUGGAUCUCGGCCUGGGCCACUAGUGAGGAUGAGCUCAUUGCAAUCGAGGAUUCGCCGCCGGCCGAUGCCCAACCGAAGCCCAAGCAACAGAAGAGCGGUAAUGAUGACUGGAAGCGUGGCCUUGACAGUCAAGCUUCAAACACUAGUUGGUUGAUCCGAGAUCCUAAAGAGGCUGACACUAAGUUCAAAAUCCUGAUGAUAGACAUCAAGACUGGAAAGGUAUACAAAGAGGCACAAAAGAAAAUAGAAAAGCUUCUGAAUGUGGCAUCCUCGCUCGGCUCUUCUGACACUGCCACGGCUGCUGCUGUCGACAGUGCCGGGGCUGCUGAUGCUGCCGAUAAGGCGACCCCGCGCAGGCUCAGGAGGAAGACUUCCAUGGAUGGACUCGACUGCCUCUUCCCCACCAAGACUGAUGGCGAUGAUAAAGGUGAGGAGACUAAGAAAAAUGAGACUGAGGCCGAGGCAAAAGACGCUCCCAAGGAUCUUGAGAAAGACAAAGCCACUGGAAAGAAGCCCAGAGGCGCGGGGCGCAGGAGCAGCAAGAGCACUAAAAGUAAUGGCGGCGCAGUUGAGCUGAAACACAUGGAGACGGUCCAGGCCAUGCAAUCCACCAGUGACAAUCAGAGCAUCAGCUGGUUUGAGGACAUGUGGCUUGGUCUGAUCGCGGCCAUUGAAGACGCCUUGGGUUCGGCCGCCUUCACCAGUGACGAGCAGCGCCAGAGCGAAGAGACCUUGCGGACGUACAUCCGCAUCUGCUGCGAGUUCGCGUGGAGCUUCGAGGGCCACGUCAUGUUCAAAGACCUGAAGAAGACCUUGUCCACCUGGUCGGCCGUCCGGGCGGAGGCGAAGAAGAUCGCCACAGCCAUUGUGAUGGAGAGCCCUUCGGCAGUGCAGGUUCCCUUUCCUGUGGCAACUACAACAUCGGAUGUUCAGUCGGGUGAAUCUUUGAACGGCGCUGAGAAAUUAUUGAAAGAUUUCUUUUCGAACCAGGAGUACGUUGAGGUGCUGGCAGAUUUUGUGAGCAACAACCCCAGCGAGGUCGAGAUGUCUGUGUCCCACUUGCCAUGCUUCCCUGAAUUGAUGAGCAGCGUUUGGUCACUCUUCGAAGCAUAUGCCAAGGCCAACAUGCCACCAAAGAAGGACAAGACCAGGACUCACUCACUGUUGAUUUCCAAGAUGAUGGAUUGGAUCGGUGAGGUCUUUAAUUUCGGUGAUGAGCAUGGUUGCAGAGCUCUUGGAGAUAUGUACCUGGCGCCAGCUGGCAAGAUUGCAAUCGUGUGGGCGAAUCCAGACUCGUACGGCGACUUCGUCAUCCCAGAGGAGAAAAUCUCGCUCGCGGUGCAGGUCUUCAGGGGCGAGGGCCAGUACAAAUCAUCCCUGCUACAGAUGGACUGUCGUUGCAUAGGCGUUGGCAGGAAGUUGUGGCUUGGAACCUGGAACUCCGCUUUAGAAAUGAUACUCGACGCCAUCAUUGAAGGCAAGAUCACUGGUGAGUCGGAGGAGGGUGAGUACGUCAUCAUAGACGAGGCAUGCAACGCAGCUCAGACUUUGUGGGGAAUUCAGGAUGCCUCAAAAGAUGCGCAAGCAGCUUUCGAUCGUCAAAUCGAUGCUGUACGCAGCGCAGCCGAUGCCGCCAACACUUCUGCCGGGACGGAGGGGUCUGCCAUUGUGCCGUCGGCUGCGUCGGGUCCUGGGUUGGGUGCCAAGCCUACUUCUGACAGGACGGUCACAUUAGGCAAUCUUGGUGAUGUGCUUCGCUAUCAAGAUGCAGCCCUGUUCGUUGACCAGCAGUCUGGCUGUGGUGCCACCGUUCGUGACCUGCUUGCUACAAAGCAUUCAACUGGCAUCAACGAGAAUGGGCUCUUCAAAAUUCCUAAAGGCGAGGUGACUUCAGCCUAUGUGAAGCAGAUCUGCUUGGCGAUCGAAGGCCAUCUGUUCAAUCUCGCAUUUCGGCCAAACCAAGCAGACGAAGCGAACUUGAGGAUUGAUGCGAACUUCAUCCAGUCCAAAGGAAAAGCUGUGAACACCAUCGACGUCAUCGGCAAGGAGAAGCUCUUCAAAGAAGACAGUGCUGCCUCUGGCUGGAAGCCGAAACUUUACUUCGCUGGCUGCGUCUCCACGACCCGCUCCAAGCAGUGUUUUCACAUUAUGACGAUAUGUGGAGUUUCUAUUCAGCCUGGGGGUGAGGGUGAUGCGGCCAGCGUCAAAGGCAAGUGUGCGGUGGGCGCCGAGACCAGCCUGCAAAUUCCUGUGUAUCUGGCCUACGAGGAAUCACAGCACGGGGUCAUGGCGGACAGCCCAGUCCCAGCAUGGCUUGUGCCAGUGCGGGAUGUCCCAGCUGCUCCAGUUGCCAAGGGCAAAGCGAAGCCGAAGCCCGAGGCGGCAAUGCCUUUUGUGCCGCCAGCGGCGCCAAUGGUAGUUGCAUUUCAGGGUCUACAGCUCAAGCUACCCAAGUGGCUCUCCAUUGGUGACAUUACUGACUGUCCUGUAUACGUCCCGUGCUUGGUGCCGACGGACCUCGGGUGCUCCCUCAAGGCUCCGCUGAAGCUGUGGCGCUACGCGGUGCCCGACGAGAAGAUGAAGAGUUCAGGCCGUGGGUCGCAGGCCCAG